AGUAGAUCGGGCUGCAAUAUUUUUCAUUUUUGGUUCCAAAUUCGUUCCCUUUUUCCACUCAUCUUGGAUCGGUGGUGCUGGAGACGACGUCGUAGCAAGCAGAAAAUGGGGAGCGAAGCAUUGACGGCGUACAGAGCGCUGCUGAGAGCCACUCGGAAGACCUUCGCCGGCGAUACCCUGAUGCUCAAGCAGUCCGCCGCAGAGGUGCGGAAGAAGUUCGAUGAGAACCGCCACGUGACCUCCGCCGCCGACCUCAGCCGCCUCAUGGAGGAGGCACGUGAGGCCUCACACUUCAUAUCCACCAUGAUCGUCCAAGCCAAGCUCAACGACCGCGGCGGCUACGAAGUGAAGGCUGAUAAAGAGCAUGCUGGAGCUACCCUUGAGAUUCCCUCUGAAGAAAUUCUCAAGAAUGCUUAGAAGCAUCAAUUGUAGACUAGGGCUACACUACACACAUAUUUCACAGAACUUGGACAACGAUGGAGAGGGAUUGUUGAGCUUAGAAUGGGAAAGCUCUGUUCAUUCUUCAAUCGAAUAGUUUGUGGUUUGUUCCUAGCGCUUUCAUCGACAUUCUUGAGUUUGUUUGUAACCUUGUUUUUGAGGUUUUACUUUACCUUGUUCUUGAGAUUUUACUUUUAUCAAAUAAUGUGCUGUUUGUUCCUAGAUUACACUGACGGUUUCAGUGUGUAGUUUGCGAUUGGAACUGAUGAUUAUUAGUGAAACAUUGUUUAGUUUAUGAAUGAAAUAAUACAUUACGAUUUUGAUGGA